GUGAAGCUGCCGCAGCAGUGACGUCACAGCAGAGCUGAUCCAUUACUGAAGACGUCGAGGUGGCCGAUCCCCUGAGAUUGAUUUCUGACCUGUGGGUGAGUAACUGCUCUGCAGAAUCAUGGGGGAGUUGUUUCGAAGUGAGGAGAUGACUCUGGCCCAGCUUUUCCUCCAGUCUGAAGCGGCCUACUGCUGUGUCAGUGAACUUGGGGAACUGGGAAUGGUCCAGUUCAGAGACCUCAACCCUGAUGUGAACGUGUUUCAGAGGAAGUUUGUGAAUGAAGUGAGACGCUGUGAGGAGAUGGACAGGAAGCUCAGGUUUGUAGAGAAGGAGAUUAAGAAAGCCAACAUUCCACCUAUGGACACUGGUGAGAAUCCUGAAGUCCCAUUCCCACGAGACAUGAUUGAUCUUGAGGCAACUUUUGAGAAACUGGAGAAUGAACUGAAGGAGAUCAACACAAACCAGGAAGCCCUGAAGAAGAACUUUCUGGAGCUGACAGAACUCAAGCAUAUCCUCAGACGGACACAGCAGUUCUUUGAUGAGAUGGAGGAUCCUAACCUGUUGGAGGAGUCUUCAUCUCUGUUAGACCCAAGUGAGGCUGGCCGUGGAGCUCCACUGCGACUGGGGUUUGUUGCUGGGGUUAUUAACCGUGAGAGAAUCCCUACGUUUGAGAGGAUGCUGUGGAGAGUGUGCCGUGGAAACGUCUUUUUACGACAGGCAGAGAUUGAAGACCCUCUUGAAGACCCCACAACAGGAGAUCAGGUACACAAAUCUGUGUUUAUCAUCUUCUUCCAAGGAGACCAGCUGAAGAACAGAGUGAAGAAGAUAUGUGAAGGGUUUCGUGCAUCUCUGUACCCGUGCCCUGAAACCCCUCAGGAGAGAAAGGAAAUGGCAGCGGGCGUCAACACCCGCAUUGAUGACCUCCAGAUGGUGUUGAAUCAAACAGAGGAUCACCGACAGAGAGUAUUGCAGGCAGCUGCUAAAACCAUACGAGUGUGGUUCAUUAAAGUGAGGAAGAUGAAGGCCAUUUAUCAUACUCUAAACCUCUGCAACAUCGAUGUUACACAGAAAUGUUUAAUUGCUGAAGUCUGGUGCCCCGUUUCUGACCUUGAUUCCAUUCAGUUCGCUCUGCGCAGGGGAACGGAACGGAGUGGGUCAACAGUUCCUUCCAUCCUAAACCGAAUGCAAACCAAGCAGACUCCACCUACUUUCAACAAGACUAACAAGUUCACGUCAGGAUUCCAGAACAUUGUGGAUGCUUACGGGAUUGGAACCUACCGAGAGAUCAACCCAGCGCCGUACACCAUUAUUACAUUCCCCUUCCUGUUUGCGGUCAUGUUUGGUGACAUGGGUCACGGCAUGUUGAUGACUUGUGCAGCGCUUUACCUCGUCAUCAGAGAAACUCGCCUGCUCGCUCAGAAAAGUGACAAUGAGAUGUUUAGCAUGAUAUUUGCUGGCCGUUAUAUCAUUCUCCUGAUGGGGAUCUUCUCCGUCUACACCGGACUGAUCUAUAAUGACUGCUUCUCUAAAUCAGUCAACAUGUUCGGGUCUGGCUGGAGUGUGCGGCCCAUGUUCAGCAUCAUGGGUGGAAACUGGACGCCCGAGACUCUGGACAGAAACCAUGUUCUUCAGUUGGAUCCAGCAGUUCCUGGAGUAUUUGGGGGCCCAUAUCCUCUGGGCAUUGACCCUAUCUGGAAUAUUGCGACAAACAAGCUGACGUUCCUCAACUCCUUCAAGAUGAAGAUGUCAGUAAUCUUGGGUGUCAUACACAUGCUGUUUGGAGUCAUACUCUCCCUCUUCAAUCAUCUGUACUUUAAGAAACCUCUGAACAUCUUCCUUGGUUUCAUCCCAGAGAUUGUUUUCAUGGCCAGUCUGUUUGGUUAUCUGAUCCUGCUCAUCUUUUACAAGUGGACAGCAUAUGAUGCAGUGACCUCUAAAGAUGCUCCCAGUCUUCUGAUAGCCUUCAUCAAUAUGUUUAUGUUCAACUACAAUGACCCUACCAACAAACCCCUGUACAGAGGACAGAUGUGGAUUCAGUCUCUGUUGGUGUUGAUAGCUCUAGCGUGUGUACCAUGUAUGCUAGUGGUGAAGACUAUGGUCCUGCGCCGCCAGUACCUGUGGAAGAAACACCUGACCCAGAUGAGGGCAGCAAGACCUGCAGAGAAUCUAGAAACUUUAGAGCAGACAGGCACCAGCUCACCCACCGGACUCACCCAACAGGGCACACAGAAGUUCGGUGGCGUCCGGAUCGGAAACGGGCCAACAGAGGACGAGGCAGAGAUCAUUGACCACGAUCAGCUCUCGCAGCACUCAGAAGAUGGAGAUGAGCAUUCAGAGGAAGAACCGUUUAACUUUGGAGAUGUGGCCGUUAAUCAGGCCAUUCACACUAUAGAGUACUGCCUGGGCUGUAUCUCCAACACAGCCUCGUAUCUGCGGCUCUGGGCACUUAGUUUGGCUCAUGCUCAGUUGUCUGAGGUGCUGUGGGGUAUGGUGAUGCAUAUCGGGCUGUCCUCCAGGAGUGGGGGCGGAUUCUUCGGCCUGUCAAUCAUUUUCUCUGCCUUUGCCACAUUAACAGUGUGCAUCCUGCUCAUCAUGGAGGGACUGUCUGCGUUUCUUCAUGCUCUGCGAUUGCAUUGGGUGGAGUUCCAGAACAAAUUCUACAAAGGACAAGGCUUCAAGUUUGUCCCCUUCUCCUUCGAAAGUAUCUCGGAGGGGCGAUUUGAUGAAUGAGGUACUGCAAUCCCAUCUAAUAAAAUCCAUUCCCAGUCCCGCAUGGAACCCCUUCUUCGACAAGAGCAGUACUGUUCGCUGAAGUGUUUGUAAGAUAUAUGUGACCUAUUGACCUUUAAAUGCCUAUUAGGAGCACUUUUUCCAUUGUGUUUUUGAGAUGUGUAGUGUGCUGUAACUCUCUCAUCAUAUGGAUAUAUAGUAAGGCCCAACUUCAUGUAAACCCUUAAAACAGUGUAUUCACUGCAUCUAAUUAUUGUAGCAUUUUAUUAUAUGGAUAUAAACCAACCAAUGCAUAAAAAAAGUAUUUUUCCUGUGUUGACAGUUUAUUGAAUUGAUGCUCAAUCAUUAAAAUGUGAUAUGUGAAGUACUUUCUUUAACUCAGUGUUAUCUAAAGCAGUGGUUCACAACUGGUUUUCCUUCAGGACAUCAAGUGGUGACCAGUACACUCAUAUGAUGCACUCAUGUUAUGAAGUCCAUCGUAAACUCAGAAAGCGUUUAUGGCUCAAAUAAAAUACAAAUAUGGCUAAGCGGAUAAACGCUAUAAAGAAUGAGGGUGUUCCCCUAUUAUAUUUCAUAUGGAAAAGGGUGAUGUUCCCUCAGUCUUGUUUCUUUCCACAAAUAACUUUCUUGUAUGUGUUGUUUUUAAGGGACAGGUGAUGCAGAUGGUUUCAAGGAAAUCACUUUGUUAAACUCAGACUUGAAUAAUUCUUAAGGUGAAAUACUAAGUUGAAUUGACUCUUAAUUAGUUCUACAGGUUGACAAAAAGAUGAAAUUGUCAUAGCCAAAAAACAACAAUCUUUGCAGCCUAAUAUCCUGUCACUUCAACUGCUGUGGAUUGGCCAUAUCAAGUGUAUCAUGAGGUACCUAUAGUAAAAGUCAUCAAUGUAUCUCGAGAAAUUUCUAGAAUCAUCAAGAAGAUGAUUAUUCAUCAUUUAUGUUGCACUGCUGUGUUGUGCUCAGAGGAGAAACAUAUCAACAAAGACUUAGUCGUCUAUUUAUUUAUAUGUAGCUGUAUUUUUCUGUAUUUUUUGUGAUGUGGCAAUUGUUUUAUAGAUGCAUAAGUGUGAUUAUGCAUGAACACAUUUCAAGAGAGUAUUACACAAUCAGAAGAGUCAAAGGUGUUUGUUGUAAUCUGUUGUUUGGUGUAAACCCUGUUCCUCCUAAAUCUGACAAUUAAACUGGGAAAAUAAAAUCAUAUGUCAAA